AUGUUCAAAAUGGAGCCUCUAACCCCUGAAGAGGAGGAUUUCAGUGGCAGAUUGCUUCACCAGUCAGCAUUAUGGGACAAUGCAGAACUUCUGGAAGAUCUCCUGAGAGGAGAUCAGUUAAGUAAUAUGAACAGUCAGGAUUCUUGGGGAAGAACACCUCUGCAUGCUGCUGCCACCACUGAAAACUCUACAUGUCUAAGAAUUCUUUUACAAGUUGGAGCUGACCCAAAUAUACCUUGUGGCCCUAGAGGGGACAGUCGGACGCCUUUACAUGUUUGUUCUGAACAUGGGUUUGUUAACAAUAUAAUUCUCUUGGUCCAAAACGGAGCUGAUUUGAUGGCUAAAGAUGCAAAUGGAUUAACUGCUCUCGAUAUAGCCGAAAAGUCUGAACAUGCAGAAUGUAUGAAAAUACUAAAGAAAGCUGCAGAGGCAAGAGAAAGUGUUCGGCAAAGUAGUCACAGAACCCUAAGAGAAGCAAUAAUCAGUGGCGAUGUAGCUGCGGCUCGCCAAGUGAUCACGGAACUAGCUGACGAUGCUCCCUCUGUUGUCAAUAUUCAGCCUCAUGGAUCAAGUACAUUAUUAUAUCUUGCUUGUGAAUGUGGUAGGAAGGAAAUCGUUAAGUUAUUGUUAGAUGCUGGAGCUGAUGGUCGAUCCCAUCCUGUAACAAGAUAUUCUCCAUUGUACAUAGCAUGUGUCAAAGGAAGAAAGGAUAUUGUAGAACUUCUGCUUCGGAAAUUUCCAGAGCUGGUUAGUGAGUCAACUGUUGAAAAAUGGCUUCCAAUACACGCAGCUUGUAUAAAUGGUCAUGUACCUAUCAUGGAAACAUUAUUAAAGUUUCCCUAUCCUCAAUCUGUAAUGAUUAAAUACAGCAGCCAUGGUGAAUGGGAAUAUGAGCUACCAUUUGAUGUCAAUUUUAAGGAUGUAACUAGCCAAACACCUAUCUAUAUAGCAUGUCUUCUUGGAAAUCAUAAAAUGGUAGAGAUAAUGUUAAAGUUCAAAGUGAAGGCUGUAAGAGUUAAGGUGGAAGAAGAAGAAAAGGAGAGAGAUGAAAAGGCUGCACUCCCGUUAGGAACAAGGAGACGUAUUUCAGAUGGUAUACAAACAUUAAUGACUAGGCUGAGCUUAGGCUCAAGAGGGGGGCCCGAGGGGUGUCCAACAGAGCGUCAGCUGAGUCCUUGGGCCCUUGAUGAAGCUUGUAAUAUUGAAGAAGAGACUGCUUUGCAUGCAGCGGUGAAGAAUAAUUAUACAGAAAUAGCCUCUUUACUUUUAAGUGCUGGGGCGAAUUCUAACCUUCAUUCUCAUACUGACUGCAUUUGUUUAGUAGAGGCUUGUAAGCAAAGAAAUAUAACAAUGGUAGACCUGCUUCUGCGCCAUAAUGCCCAUGACCAUGACUCAAAAGCAUUGUCAGUUGCAAUUAGCAGUAAAGAUGACAUCCUAAUUGCAAAGCUACUCGCCAUUAAGGCGCAUACCGAUCCAGAAUAUAACCUUAACAAAAAGGCUAUUACAGAAGCCGUUAACAAAGGACUAAGCUUCACAUCCCUUCUGGCCAACACACCGGUUAUGGUCAACUGGCAUGGAGGCCAGGCUUCACUUCCAUACAUCAGAUGUCAAUGGCUGGUUGGUGCUGCUUUACAUGUGAACCCUAAGCUAAAAUUAAAUCCUAAAAGUCAGGACAUUGUUCUAUAUGCCAUUACAAGAUUAGAUCUUUCAAAUAACUGUUUAGCUUGGGUACCACCAAUUAUUUUUCAACUUCAAAGUCUCAGGAUUCUGAAUAUUGCUCAAAAUAAAAUUGAGAGAUUACCAACUGUAGAUGAUUUUGAUGAUAGUUCGAAAUAUAAAAUGAAGUAUCAGACAAAAGGGUAUUCUGCUCCUUAUUUGGAAGAACUUUAUUUGCAGGACAAUCGUCUAGAUUUGUUACCUGUUGAAAUAUUUUCUUUACCAUCUUUAAGUAUUGUUGAUGUUUCCAACAACAAAUUAUCCAGCCUUCCUUAUCAGAUGUGGAAAUCUCCUAAAUUAAAAGAAUUAAAUGCUGCUUUUAAUCUUUUAAAAGAAUUACCGACAAUGCCUUGUGAAGAAACGAGUGAAUGUGGAAGUGUUUGUUCUUUGGAUUCUUCUAGAAGCGCUGAUACGGAUCUAGGGACUCCGCAGGACAUACCACAGGCAUUUAAUAAUGCGGAACAAGAAAUUUAUUUACAGCAAUACGAACUGGAGCAUAAAAAUUUAUGGAAUAAAAACGUUGAAGUAAUUGAACAUUCAGUGGUAAAUGAUGGUGAUAAUGAUUCUCAAUUUUGCCAAAUCACUUGGUUAAAUCUCGCUCAUAAUCAGUUUACUUCAGUUCCUCCGCUUCUUCCUUGUUUAGCAGUCAACCUUUCAAGACUUAAUCUUUCAUAUAACCGAUUAAGAAGCAUGAGUCAUAUCACUUCAUAUCCUGCAACCCUUAAACAGCUUGAACUAUCAGGAAAUCAGAUAUGUUGUUGGAUGUCUUUACCGCAGGUAGAUUGCUUGGAUAUGAUGGAACAAGCAGCCAUUGCUUGCUAUGCACCUGCUCAGGGGUCCCGGCCCAGUAAAUUAGCUCGUGGUAGAUCAUUUCGUAGCACUAUACUUAAUACUGUUUGUAGCCAUAGAAGGCAUUUAAGGCUCGACAACUUGCGUACAUUGAUUCUUGCUGAUAAUGCUAUUACUCGAUUACAGUUAACUACCGAUGAUGAUGGUUCAGCAGAAGCAGAGGAUUGGGAAACGGUCGGUAUGACUGCAACAAAAUCUAAACUCAUGUUUCCGAAUCUGAGCAUGCUUGAUUUGAGUAAUAAUCUCCUAAAAGAAAUACCCCCUAUCAUUCAUGAGCUAUCUAGCCUUUCAGUUCUCAAUGUGAGCGGAAAUUGUGAACUUUCGGAUUUACCUCCUCAAAUGGGACUUUUGUCUCGAUUGUGGAAUCUAAAUAUGAAAGGAUGUAACCUUCAAGAGCCACUAAAAUCAAUGAUAGAAAGUAAAAAAUAUAAAACAAUGGAUAUCAUAGGUUAUUUAAAAAGUGUAUUAGAAGAUGCAAAACCAUAUGCUCGAAUGAAACUUAUGAUAGUAGGAGUGCAAGGAAUAGGAAAAACAUCAUUAUUAGAGCAAUUGAGAAGUGAGGGUCAUAAGAAGAAGCCAGUUGAACAUUGGGCAAAAAGAAUGGGCAAUAAAAGUAUUAAUACCAAGAAUAACAGGGGAACUAAUUUAUCAACAGUCGGUGUUGAUAUUGGUGAUUGGACUUAUGAAAAGAAAAUUAGAGGCCAGUCUUCAUAUGGACCAGUAACUUUCAGAACUUGGGAUUUUGGGGGUCAGCGAGAAUAUUAUGCAACUCAUCAAUAUUUUUUGUCUAAGCGGAGUUUGUACCUUGUUGUAUGGAGAAUACCAGAUGGACAAAAAGGUAUAUCAGAAAUACUUCAAUGGCUUGUCAAUAUUCAAGCAAGAGCUCCGAAUUCUCCUGUUCUUAUUGUGGGUACUCACUAUGACAUGAUGCAGGAAAACUAUCCAGCUUCAAGAGCUGAAGAUCUGCAGCAAUCCAUUAGAGAACGCUUUAUCAAUGUUGUCGAUGCUGAAAAAUGUGGGUUACCAAGAGUUAUAGAUACAAUAGAAGUAAGCUGUAAAUCAAGACAUAAUAUUAAAAUACUUUGCAAUCUUGUUUAUGAUACUGUAUUUAGCCUCCGAAGUCCUGGAAGUAAAACUUUGCUGUUGCAGCAAUGUGUUCCUGCAAGUUACCUGGCAUUAGAGGAUGUUAUUGGUCAAAUAGUUGCUGAACGAAGACAAGCUAAGCAAGAUCCUGUCCUAACAACUGAGCAAUAUCGCAAUUUAGUCGUUAGUCAUGCUACUAAUCUGAGGGAUGCAGCAGAACUUCAUCAGGCUACUCUAUUUCUUCAUGAAAAUGGAGUUUUGCUGCAUUAUGAAGACUCGACUUUAAAAGAUCUUUACUUUUUAGACCCACAAUGGCUUUGUGAUAUGUUAGCUCAUGUUGUAACUAUUCGUGAGAUUAAUCCUUUUGCGCGGAAUGGUGUCAUGAGGCUUGAUGAUUUGAAACAUGUAUUUAAGUCUUCAUGUUUGGGAGAAAUGGAUACAAAAGGUUAUAUAGUUCAUCUUUUGAAUAAAUUUGAAGUUGCCUUAACCUGGGAUAACAGGACCUUAUUAAUACCUUCACUUCUUCCUACAGAGGAUGACAUCUAUACACCACCUGUGAGAGUGAAAAUUCCUGUGAGAUCUCGUGCUUGGGCUGUUAGAAACAAAAAAACAAUAGUUAAUGAGGAAAGUGAAUGUGAACUAACAUCACGUCAUGAUCCAGAUGUUGCUAUUCGAAGACUGCUUUUAAUGUCAUACGUCCCAUCAGGUUUUUGGUCUCGACUAAUUACUAGGUUAUUAGCAGAUGAUAUUAUAAUUCAAAUUGUUAGAGAAUUUUUUGUAGUUCCUAAAGAAGUGUCUCAAGAUGCGAAGCUUGCUAGGCUUUUGGAUGUAAGGGCUGAAUGGAGUUUAUGGCAAACAGGCAUGGAGCUACGAUAUGCAGAUACACCAUUGUUUUCAAUGAAAGAGAUUAUACACUCGAAUAAUAAUUCUGUUGAUUAUCAAUCCUUGAGACUUCAAAUCAAACAGGAAGGCAAUUGGACAGAUGUUAACCUGCGGAGUGUUUGUCUCAUUGAAUUGUACCUACCUUUAGAUACCCUUGUGAUCAAAAGACCUGUCAUGGAAACUGGUUCAGUAAUAGGCUACCAAGCGAUAGUCUUAGAGCCCUCACCUCAAAAAUCUGCUCAUCUCUUAGCUUUAGCAACUGACCAUAUAGAUACCCUUCUGGAAGACUGGUAUCCUACACUUGGAACAAGAUUUGUGCAUACUUCUGAAGGUAAAUUAUUAGUUACAAGAAUUGUACCAUGUCCAACAUGUUUAUCCCAAGCAUAUCAUCAAGAAAAAUUGGUGGAAGAAGAAGAAGUGAUAGAUAUUGUAAGAAUAUCUCAGGAAAGCGACAAAGACAGUGGACAUCCUGACAGUCCCUCAUCUAGUUGUAAGAAUUCUGAGGAAGGUCCUCAUCUUAGAACAUCUGGACCUCAGUAUAGCUGGAUGGUUGAAGAAUGUAUUUUAGCAGCAAUUGAGAAAAAAAUUCUGCGAUGUCCAACACAUGGUGAAAUUUCAUUGGCUCAUGUAGCUCCAGAUACAUUAUUCUUAGAUGUUGGUGAACAAUAUCUCAUAAGUAGUAACUAUGUCACCAGAGGACGUCUCUUGGGUAGAGGAGCUUUUGGAUUUGUUUUUCAAGGUUCUUGUACUUCUAGAACUACUGGAACUAAAAUGUCUGUUGCCAUUAAAGCCAUACAACCAGUAGCACCACCUUCUGGGGCAUCUAAUUCAGCAAUAAUUGCUUACAAGAAUGCACAGGUAAAAUGGGAAAGAGAUCCCAUCCAGCAUGCCAGCAAAGCUUAUUCUACAGCAAGGCAGGAACUUGGAAUUCUUCUCAAUGUUAGGCAUUCAAAUAUAGUCCCAUUGAUCGGAAUUUGUAUUGACCCCUUAUGUUUGAUUCUUGCAUUAGCUCCAAUGGGAGCACUUCAUGCUGUAUUAAAAAAUUACAGGCGUUGUGCUGCAUCACUACAUCCAAAUACACUUCAAGGCAUUGUUUUGCAAACAGCCAAAGCAUUAGAAUACCUCCAUCAACAGCAUAUCAUUUAUAGAGACUUGAAAUCUGAAAAUGUGCUUGUUUGGUCCAUGCCUGCUCCAUUUCAAGCUCAUUCUGAAGUCGAAGUUCAUAUUAAGUUAGCAGAUUAUGGUAUUAGCCGUCUGACUCUUCCUUCUGGGACAAAAGGUUUUGGUGGUACAGAAGGAUUCAUGGCACCAGAAAUUAUGAAAUACAAUGGAGAAGAGGAAUAUAAUGAAAAGGUUGACUGCUUCUCUUUUGGUAUGUUUAUUUAUGAGUUAGUGACCCUCCAUCAACCAUUUGAAAGUCACGAAUCCGUUAAAGAGUACAUUCUUGAAGGAGGCAGACCUGCAUUAACUCACAGGGAAACAUCUUGGCCUGCAAAUAUAUUGGAUUUGAUGGUAUUGUGUUGGAGUCAUCAGCCUUGUGAUCGCCCUACUGCUUCUCAAAUUGUCAGCAUUUCAUCUGCUCCAGAGUUCACUCAUCUAUAUGAUGUUGUUUCCUUGCGCACAACUGCCAAUAUUCUUUCUUAUGCUUGCACUCCUAUCAUUAAUUCAGACUACACUUACCACAGUGUAUGGUUAGGAUGUUCAGAUGGUUUGGUCUAUCAGCUUUUAGCCACUGAUCACACAUGGCUGCAAUGUUGUAGUUUAACACCACUUUCUGUAACAGCUACUGCUGCUGCUGUAGUUCAUGAUACCAUAUGGAUAGGCGACGAAUAUUCUUGUAUUUAUGCUUAUUCUGUAUGUGGGUCAAAAAGAUUGUGGUGGUACAGAAUGGUAGAAGGUGAAGAUCGAAGUCCAGUGCUCCGUUUAUUAUGGUUAGAGCCUUUAAGAAGAUUAGCUAUAGCUCUUGGAAGUGGUAGAAUAUUCCUCGUUACGGACACACCUCCUACUACUUCUUCCAUGGCUGAAGGGUCAUUUGUACUGACUGAGCUGGGCUCUGCUACGUUACUUCAUGACAUGAUUGCUUUAUAUGUUAAUAACAAUACAGUGCAGUUGUGGUGUGGUGAAGGUAAUGGUGCAAUGUCCAUUUAUACCAUUGAAGACAAUAUUGUCACAAAUUAUGAGACUGUUAAUCAUUACAAUCCUGUUAUAGCAAAUGUAGAUGUUGUUCAACUUGUAGCUGACAACCAGUAUAUAUGGACAUAUGUUUAUCCAGGUUGUAUUGUAUAUCAAUGGGAUGGUGUUUCUAAACAUAUAUUGCAUAAGUUGGAUUGCUCAAAACUUGUACCGUGUUCUGAAAGUUUGAAAUCGAUAAGUAUUGAUGAACAUUUAAGUCCUGGAAGAUGUCAGGUAACAAGUCUUUGUGUGUUAGGAAAAGAACUAUACAUAGGAACUACAUGGGGCUGUAUGGUUGUUGCAGAAACAUGGUCUCUUCGUCCUAUAACAGUAUUUCGUCCAUAUGAAGGAGAACUUUCUGCAAUUCUUUCUUUUCCUUCUGCUCAACCCCCUAUCAUAGCAACUUUUGGAAGGGGUUAUCGAGAAUUAAUUUCUAGGUAUAAAGAAAACUAUAUCAUAGAUAGUAUAGAUUCUAAUCAUAUUUACCCUAUAAUAUGGUCAACCCAGUCAUGGGUUCCACCAUAAAAAUUGAAAUAAUAGGAGAGCGAACUUUAAUUAAUUGUUACGAAUUUACUAGUCCAGUAUUUUAUUUCAUAGUACAAAUGGUGACCUUACUGCCAGUCAGGCUGUAUCACUGCCAUCAUAGUCUAGCAGGUUUUUCAUAUUUUCCUAGUUUUAUUGUGCUGUACGAUAGAUAGUUCUUAAAGACUUUGAAACGAUGAGUGUUAUGGAAAAGUGAUUUUAUGGUCAGAUAUUGGUGACCAGCAGAUUUUUAUUUUUCAAUUUUUUAAUGAAAUUUAGUUAUUUAUAGUUUAGUAUAGAAUACAUUUUUAGUUCUCUUUUGUGGAAGAAUUUAGUAACUUUAAAAUCCCUAGCCAUUCCUAAAAGUUGGAAUAAUUAUCUAAAUUUCCACUUGAUUAAAAAAUGAUUAAUAUUUUUUUAUUUUAUUCAAGGAAAUGAGGUGUUUAAUUAAUAUUAAAUGAGGCAACUGCUGGGAUUAAGUGGUAGUGUUGUAAUACAAGACUUAAAUUAUGUGAGGUUUCCAUUUGUAUGAUGUUUAUUCGUAAUAUAGGACACAUUGAGUCUUUCAGUUAAUUUAUAGUGAAAUUUUGUAAUUUGUGUACCUAAAAUCAUUUUAUUUAAAUUUAAAAAUACCUUUAACUAUAAAUUAAUAAUAAGUAUAUAUAUCGUAUGUCACACAAUAUAUACGUAAACACAACAGUAGGAAAUUAUUUUCAACUAAAUAACAUUUUAAAAAAUAUAAUUAAAUGCAUGUGAUAUGGUGUAUAUAUCGAAAGAAAAAACUAUCAAUGCUUUAUUUAUGUUUUAGUUUUAAAAUAUAAUAUUGAUAUAGCUAAGUUUGUUACUGUCAUUUUUCUACAAAAUAUUUGCACAUCUUUUGUUUGAUUAGUAAAUCAAUAACUUAUUCCCCUUUAGGAACAUGGAAAGGCUUUAUUUGGUCAAAUUUUAAUUUUUUUGUAAUGAACGUGAUUAUAAGAUUUUUUUUUUUUUUUCAAAAUUCAUUUUAACUAGAACAGGAUGAAUUUAAAGAGAACUUAAUACCUCCUUUAAUAUUAGAUUUUCAGAUGAACUUCUAUAUUUUUAUUUCUAAAAGAAUUUUAAAAUUGAAUAGAUAUAUCAAAAUUCUGAACCCAUCAACAAAGAUGGGUGCCUUAACUUUAGUGUUGACUUUUUUAAUAUCUUUAAAUAAAAUUUUCUUGAUCAGGAAAGCUAUCGAAGACUGACUCAUUUAUUUCAAUGAAGGAUUGUAGUUACCAUUAAUUCUGUAUAAAGUUUUUGCCAUAAAUGAAAUUAUCUAUCACAUUAUCUGGCUUACAUAUCUUUUUACUACAUGAUUAAAUUUUAAAAAAUGAGGACUGAGUCAAAGUUUGAUCUAGAACUAGGGCUGAUUGGCUACCGAAAGCGCAGCUGAGUAUAGCAAGAGGGAGUCGGCGAUUGAUUGUGAUAGUGGACCCCAGUUCAGUCAAUAACUUGUCUUGCAUCGGUAUCCUUCUCAUAUUCCAUUUAACAUUUUUUUUUAAAUAUAUAUAACACCAAAAAAUCAUGUCGGAGUUGAAAAAUAAAAUUGCAUAUUUUAGACUGAACCAAAAUAAAAUAAUUUGAGAGGUUGUGGAGUAAAAACAAGCGGAAAGAAAGGAUGACAUUGAGGAACAAAGCCACAUGGUUGUAAGUAGAUGUGGUGGGGGAAGCUGGGCAUAAUUUCAAAGCUGAGCGAAGCUUCGCCUUGCAACGUCGCUCAACUACGCUCAUUUCUGCUCUGCGUCUGGUGGCCGGCCUUUCAUUAUAAACCUUUGAUUCUGUUUUGGAAGCUGACUCAUCUAUGUACAGCUCAGCUCAGCUGAGCUUUCGGUGGCCGGUCAACCUAAGGCUAAACUAUAAUCAGUAAACAGUCCUUAUUAUUAUUUUAAAAUUUAAAAAGUAUUUGUUAUCAACAGUUGUAUCAUGAUUAUAGUCACACCUUGAUUAGUUGGUAAUCUAGAAGCGAACUUGUGUGACUUUCUCAUCAUUAAUUCGAAAGUAUUUAUUAACAUAGAAAUAAAUUGGAAAAUUGUGAUAUCACAUUUCGAUAUGUAUUUGUGAAUAUUUUGUAAGUAAUACUAGAUAUUUAGGGAAAAAUAAAAUGUGAUUUUCAACUUUGUGUUACAUGAGUUCCCAUUUAGGCUGACAACUAAUCACUACGGUCAAACUAUGGAUACGGAGAUAAUUUACUUUAAUUAAAAUUAGUAAAUAAUUUGAAGGAAUAUUUUCUGACGUUUUAUCAUUAUGUACAUAUUUUGUAGAUAAUCAACUAAUUAUUUCCUCUUCAGUCAAACUUUUAUGCUUUGAUUUAUCUUGGUUGUAAAUAUUUUGCCUUUCUUUUUAUUCUUGUUAUAAAUCAGUUUAUAUUAAAUUUAGUCAUAUUUAAGAAAAUAAUUUUCUUCAUAGCAUACUAUAUGUAUAGAUGACUAAAUUUAACAGAGUUUAUUAUUAUUAUAAUUUCCAGUUGUUUUUUAAUUUAUAUAAUAAUGUAUCAUGACUAAGAGUGUAAUAAUAACCAGUUUUCUUACUUUUCAUUACUUAAACUGAUAUCUUAUAGUUACAGAGGAUAAAUUGUUAAUAUUGGUACCAUAGGUCUCACACAAACCUACUUAAUUUUACAGUUUUUAGUAUUUAAUGCAUAUAUUUUUAUUAAUCUUAGUAUAGAUUUAUUUACAUUUUAAUGUAUUAAUGACUGAUAUUGUUUGUAUACAUAAUUAUGUUUUCAACCAAAGUUGUAUCAUUUUUAUAGUCUUGCCUUAAGCAAUCCAAGUUUUGUUGCAUUUGGAGUUGUAUUUUUAAUUGAAUCUUUGAAAAUAUUACCCUAAAAUAAAUAUUAUAUUCCAUACAAUAUCACAGAUGUUAUCUCUACGUAGCGGACUGACUUUUUCUUUUUAUAUUUUCUUAAGAUUAAUUAAUUAAAUAAUUUCUCUAGUUUAAAAAAAAAAUAUGUCUAUUUUUAAAUUAGUAAUUUCCUAAUCUCGACAUCAAAAUUAAUUUCUUGAAAAUAAAACUAGAAAUGUUGUUGAUGAACAAGAUAAAGGACCAAACAUAUCACGCUUAGGAAGAAUACUAGUAUCAGUAAAAAAACGCUGGUUUCUGAAAUGGCUUUUAAAACUUCUAAUAUAAAACUAAACAAAAAAUAUACCAAUCUUAUAGUUUUGAAUACAAGGAAUUUUAAUAUUAAUAAGUGAACCAAGUAAGGUUUUUUUCUGAUGAAUAUGUAUGGAAUUAUUAUCAUAUUUGGAUUUUAUCUCACCUGAUUUUCAUAUUUGUAUUUCUCUGUUGAUAUAAAUGCUUUAUGGCAAGGACUAAGUACUACUAUUAUUAAUAUACAGUUUAUUGGUUUAUUUGAUGUAAAUAUUUAUGAAAUGUGAUAUUAAUUUAUAUUUUAAUGAUAAAUCAGUAUUUUAAAAAUAUAUUUACUUGUUCCUCAGUAUAAUGUCCGCUAAGUUUUACUGAGAUGAUUAUUGUUAUUAAUUAUAUUGAUAAGUAAUGUAUUAUUCCUGAAGAAAAAUAUCCAACAGUUUUUAGUUUUGUCUCACUUGUGAUAUGCUUAUUGUAGAUAUCAGUCUUUCAGUACUCAUCUGUAUUAUUUCAAUGUUCAAAUUGAUUUUUUUUAAACAUUUAAUACCUAGUCAAAAAAAUAAAAAUGUAAUUUCUAUAGACGAUAAAGCACAUAUAUAUCUUAUGCUAUAACUCCAACAAUUUUAACUAUCUUUGUUUAGAAACUUUUAAGUUUUAAAGGAUAAAUUAUUAUGAGCACAAUGUUUUAUCAUCUAAUGCGCUUGUAAAAUAAAGUUUUUAUUUUUUUACUCACAAGUUA